UUUUAUAUAUUAAUGUUAAUAAUAAUAUAUAUAAAAAAGUAGUAUUUAGUUAAAAACCCUUGUGUCCUAAAACUUGAAAUUGAUUAAUUGUGUAAAACCCUUUGAGCUUCGCAACUGGUACAUCAAUGGCGUCUAUGAUAUUCACCGACUGUUCAUCGUCCACCACAGCUCGUCUUCUCCCUUUCACCCGAAACCCACUCUUCCGCCUCAGAGACGGCACGGUGCUCCUCCGGCGUCUUGUGACACUGACACCCUCACACUUGCCCAGUCCCCGCAGGGCACUCGCCUUUGGUUCGUCUUCGCCUUCACCGUCCACCCGUGUCACCGCUUCAUUUACAACGGAGGCAUCGACAUCGGCAUCAGCUACAGCCAAAGUGAUUGAUGGAAAAUCAAUUGCGAAGCAAAUAAGGGAUGAAAUAAGUGUUGAGGUGGCGAGGAUGAAGGAUGCAAUAGGUGUUGUUCCAGGGUUAGCGGUUAUAAUUGUUGGUGACAGGAAGGAUUCAGCGACUUAUGUUCGGAACAAGAGGAAAGCUUGUGAGUCUGUUGGGAUCAUCUCUUUUGAAGUUCGUUUGCCUGAGGAUGCCACUGAGCAAGAAGUAAUCAACCAUAUCUCAGAGUUCAAUAAUGAUUCUUCUGUUCAUGGCAUUCUUGUUCAGUUGCCCCUGCCUUCUCAUAUGAAUGAAACAAACAUCUUAGAUGUUGUUAACAUUGAGAAAGAUGUUGAUGGAUUCCACCCGCUUAACAUGGGUUGUUUAGCCAUGCGUGAUAGGGAACCAAUGUUCGUUCCUUGUACGCCAAAAGGAUGCAUAGAAUUGUUGCAUAGAUCUGGCGUCAGUAUCAAAGGCAAGAGGGCAGUUGUAGUUGGUCGGAGCAAUAUUGUUGGCAUGCCAGCUGCUUUGUUGCUGCAGAAUGAAAAUGCUACUGUUAGUAUAGUCCAUUCCCGUACCCCGAAUGCUGAGGAGCUAACCAGGCAGGCAGAUAUAGUAAUUGCAGCUGUGGGUGUGCCAAAUAUGGUGAGGGGUAAUUGGAUAAAACCUGGUGCUGUCGUUAUUGACGUUGGAAUUAAUCCAGUUGAGGAUGCUAAGAGCCCUCGAGGUUAUAGGCUGGUUGGGGAUGUGUGUUACGAAGAAGCGUGCAAGGUAGCUUCAGCCAUCACUCCAGUUCCAGGGGGAGUUGGUCCAAUGACGAUUGCCAUGCUUCUUGAUAAUACGCUCAUCUCAGCUAAGAGGGCAUAUAACUUCAAGUAAGACCUUCAGAAUCUGUGGUCCUUGAGCAAAAUUUUCAAUUAGCAGCUUUUCUAAACCCCUUACGGAUGAGCUUCUCUGUAUUACUUUCUAUUUUUCUAUUUUAUAAGAGAGGAUCUAAAACAGAUAAUUGGGUUUCGCAAGUUGCCUGAUUGUAAAUAACAAGGCUGAUAGUUGCCUACUUUUUGAUGCAAUAUUUAUUCCUUUCCCAUAAUUGAGUUUAUAUUAGAAAAUAUUGUAGAGCUCUUUGUAAACAGAGCAUCUGCUUUUUCAUUUCCUUAUUGCGAUAGAAUACAGGUUGGUAUUUUUGUAACAUUGCAGCACCAUUAAUCUCGCAUAUGUAUGCAUUUAUGGUUCAA